CAUGACUUUUUUGAGAAAGCGGAUAUGGUUGGUCCGCCAUAAUCGUGUGGGUCUGUGCUUGUGUGGUUGGGGUGUCUUGCCGGUGCCAACCAUUAUUUUUAAUUAGUAGUAAGUUAUGCGUAUGAAUCCAGACAUGGACGAUGAUGAGAAGGGAAAACUGUUCGUGGGCGGGCUAUCAUGGGAAACGUCGCAGGAGAACCUGCAGCGCUACUUCUCGCGCUACGGCGACGUGAUCGACUGCGUGGUGAUGAAGAACAGCGAGUCGGGCCGCUCCAGGGGCUUCGGCUUCGUCACCUUCGCGGAGCCCUCGCUCGUCAACGUGGUGCUGCAGAACGGGCCUCACCAGCUGGAUGGAAGGACCAUCGACCCGAAGCCGUGCAACCCUCGCACCCUGCAGAAGCCGAAGCGCGGCGGCGGCUACCCCAAGGUGUUCCUCGGCGGGCUGCCCUCCAACAUCACGGAGACCGACCUGCGCGUGUUCUUCGGCCGCUACGGCAAGGUCAUGGAGGUCGUCAUCAUGUACGACCAGGAGAAGAAGAAGUCCAGAGGCUUCGGAUUCCUGUCGUUCGAGGAGGAGAUGUCCGUUGAGAGGGUCACCCAGGAGCACUUCAUCAACCUCAACGGGAAACAGGUGGAGAUCAAGCGCGCGGAGCCGCGCGACGGGUCCGGCAAGCUGGGCUCGGGCGGCCUGAGCGCGCCCGGCGACGCGCCCGCCGCCGGCCAGUGGGGCCCGCCCGCCGCCGCGCCGCUCAACAUGAUCCAGGGCCACAACGGCCAGAUGCCCGGCCCGCCCAUCAACAUGCCCAUGGCCGGGCCCAACAUCAUGCAGGGGUACCAGGGCUGGGGCACGUCGCCGGGGCAGACGUCGUACGCGGGGUACGGCGCGGCGGGCGGCGCGGCGGGCCCGGGCUCGUACCAGGGCUGGGGCGCGCCGCCUCAGCAGGCGCCGCCGCACCAGCCCGCCUGGCCCGCCAACAACAACUACUCGCAGCACCAGCAGCCGCCGCAGCAGGGCUACGGCAGCUACGGUUCGUACGUGCCGCUGUCGGAAGGCGGCGAGAUGUACGGGCGCUCGGGCGGCGGCGGCGCGCCGGCGCUGGCGGGCGCGCUGUCGUCCGCCGCCGCGCUGUCCAAGUCCUCCUCCGCGGACUACUCCUCCUACCAGCAGUACCCGCCCGCCUACCAGCAGGACCAGGGCUCGUCGUACGGCGGCUCGGCGCGCGCCUACAGCGCCGAGUACCACGCGCCCGCGCCGCCCGCGCAGCAGCCAGAGGGCGCGGGCGCGGGCGGGCCGGCCGGCAGCCCCAAGUUCAUGGCCGUGCAGAUGAGCGACGCCACGCCGCCCCAGGUGCCCAUGAUAUACUGUGGUGCCAUGGUGUCCCCCCAACAGUCGUUUUGUAACGUCUCCGACAUCUCUGCGUCCGCAUCAGGUGACGAUUACGAGUAUACUGGGGGCUCAGGGGAUGGCUACCAGCGGUCGUCGAAGCGCGGCUACCACGGCUCGAGCUCGGGCUCAACUGCCGCGUCCUACCAUCCCUAUCGGCGUUAGCGAGUGACC